CGGUCUAAUAGGUCUGUCUGCUUUUAGCUUACUCACAGUAGAAUGGCGGCCGCAGCUUGCGGUUCUCGCGGCUGUCCGAAGGCUAAUUCAGCCAGACCACACAAAGAACACCUACGAAAAAGCCGGGAUUCCCGUCGCAGACAAGCAGCACUAUUGUUUCUCACAAAUAUAUCUUUGGACGGAAGACCGGUUCACAACCUCAGCAAUGGAAUCGCUGGUCCCAGAGAAGCCGAGAGCCGGUGUGUGGAUGUCGGCGCGACGGCGGUGACGGGUCUCCCUCCGGCGACAACAAGCAGCUACGGAACAUUCACCCAAGUGUCAUCCUCCACCAUCAGCGGGGGAGCAGCGACCCCUCUUCCGAGCACUAACACUUACCCUGCUCCUCUGAGUGCUCCUCCAGCAUUCAAUCAAGGGAGCUGCGACGUUUUCACGGAGGAUGGACGAACAGAUCCCUUGUCAGUCCAGGCACCCCCGCUUUCACCGACCUCUGGACCGGUGAAUCCGGUUUUAUCAUAUAGUAAAUCACCCGGCCAAUUCCCGGGAUCUAAUCCUGUGCCUGAUCCCCGACAAAGGACACGUAACCUCUCUGGGUCUCCAGGGCCAAAGGUUUCCAAGAAGGUGCAUUUCAUCAAGAAUAUGAGACAGUAUGACACUCGAGGGAGCAGGAUUGUGCUGAUUUGUGCCAAGAGAUCCCUGUGUGCUGCUUUCUCUGUAUUGCCCUAUGGAGAGAGUUAUCACAUCAGUGACUCUAAACUAGAAGCCCAGAGACAGAGACACUCUUCUGGUGGUGGAGUUGAUAUGGUCCCUGGCCUGGAGGGAGUGGAGGUGGACUUUGGAAAGACAGUAUCAUAUGCCCGUUUUCUGCUUCCAACUAAUGCCUUGGUCAGGCAGAAGAGCGUCGGCCCACCUGACAUCAGUACAGCUCAGAUGCCAAUGUCUCGCAACCGUAUUAAUGGGCAGAAGAACUUCACCCCUUCACGAAUCAACAGCACAGUUGGACAGGAUACUGGUGUGUUUCAUGGUGUGGACGAGCUAUCAGACUAUGACCCCAACUUACUCAGUGACCCGCAGUGGCCUUGUGGGAAACAUAAGCGAGUCUUAAUUUUCGCAUCUUAUGUGGCAACGGUUAUUGAGUACGUGAAACCAUCUGACCUGAAGAAAGACAUGAACGAGACAUUCAAGGAAAAGUUUCCUCACAUAAAGCUGACACUCAGCAAAAUCAGAAGUUUGAAACGGGAGAUGCGCUCAGUGAGCGAGGAGUGUGGCCUACAGCCGGUUACCAUAGCUAUGGCUUAUGUUUACUUUGAAAAGCUGGUUCUGCAAGGGAGGCUGAACAAGCACAACCGAAAGCUGGUGUCUGCAGCUUGUGUUUUAUUAGCUGCCAAGAUCAGCAGCGACCUCAAGAAACAAGAGGUCAAGCAACUGAUUGAUAGGUUGGAGGAGCGUUUCCGAAUAAAUAGCAAGGAGUUGAUUUCCCUGGAGUUCACUGUUCUGGUUGCUUUAGAGAUGGCUCUCUACCUCCCAGACAGCAAGGUCAUGCCUCACUAUCGCAGACUGGUGCAGCAGGGCUGAAAUGGAGAGGGCCCUUAAAGGGAUAGUUCACCAAAUAUUAUUAAUACGGUCAUCAUUGACUCACAUUGUUUCAAAACCUGUUUGACUUAAUAUCUUUUGCUGUAUGUUUCACAGAACAAAGUAAUUCGUAUAUUUUUGGAACAACAUGAGGGUGAGAAAAGGAUAACAGAAUUUUCAUUUUGAGGGUGAGCUGUGUCUUUAAGAGAUGCAUGAAUACGAGAGAGAUGAUGCUCAUGUCUUAUGGCAGUUCUAGAAGGUUAUUUGUGUUAUUUAUUGAUUAAAUGGAUCAGUGGUAUUUUCUCUCAGCUAUGUCCAGUGGUCUCUGCACUCCAUCUUCACUUGUUUACGUCCUUCAUAGAACUGAUUUUAUAAAUCAAACACAUCUAGGGAGAGGCUUACUUUAAGCUCUGAUCAUUUUUAUCCAUUAUUUCUUUUUUUUUUCUUUUUUUAUAUACCACAAAUGCUCAUUAACCACCAUUUAUCAAAGCUUUUUCCUUCAUGCACCCCUUUAUUUAUGCAAUAUUUUUUUUUAUGGACCUUAAUUUUAUUAGAGUUCAUAAUUUAUGAAUACUGAAUAUAUUUUUUAUGAUUCUUUACAUACGUGUUUUUUUACCUUUUUUUCCCCCCCUUUUCGAUGAGUUUUGGGGUAUGUGUGGCAUUCCGAUGCGUUUCCAGC